AUGAAUGUAAUAUGUAGCAUAAUAAUAUUUUUAUUAUAUUAUAAUAUAAUAAAAGCAUCAGAAAAAAAAUAUGAUAAUUUUUUGAAUGCUAUUAAAAGAUUAAAAGAAAAUUCAAAUUCAUUGGAAGAAUUAAACUUAAAAAAGUAUGAAAUAAGAAAUCAACAAAGAAGAGUUAAAAUAUUUGAUGAGUUGUCUAAAUCUCAAAGUAUAAAUAACCACCCACAUUUUAGAUCCAAAUUUUCAUUUAUUCAGAAAAAUGAUAAUACUGAAGAAAGUAAGUCAACAGAAAAAAAAAAUGAUGAAAAAGACAUUAGUAAAACAGAGCAUGAACUAAUUAAUAUAAAAUCACAAUUAGAAGCACAAGAAAUUAUGAAAAGAGGAGAACAUUUUUAUUUGAAUGGUGGUAGCACAAAAUAUGAAUAUAAUAAUGAUGAAGAUUUUUUUAAAAUUUUUCAUAACAAUCAUGAUAAAAACAUUGAAAUUUAUAGUCCUUGUUCUGAACUAUUAGAUGUAAAAGCUUGUAGAGAAAAUAAAGCAUGUUUUUAUGAUAGUAUAUAUCAAAUGUGCUUUCAGAAUUGUAAGCUUUUAGAAGAAAGGGAAUGUUUAAUGUAUACUGAAUGCAAAUUUAGUAAUAAUGGUUGCGAAAAUCAAGGCUAUAUACAUCUUCAGAUAUUUGAUAAUGACUUGGGAUCAGAGAUAAGAGCCUGUGAAUUAUUUGAGACAGAAGGUUCAUGCCAUCUUAUGGAAAAACAUUAUAAAGAAUUAGGAGAAGAAAACAAAUCUAAUUUCAAUUGUUUGUGGUUAUCUUAUAAACAUGAAUGGAGAAAGUAUGGAGAAAUGCACAAUGAUCCAAACGAAGAAAAUGGUUUCGCAAAAGACAUAAAUGAACAUUUAAGAAGAAAUAAUGAAAAAAAAGAAAAAAAUGAUGAUAUUAAUUACAAUAUUUUAAGUAACGGAAAACCGGUUGAAAUUGCUAAAAAUGAAAAAUUUCUUUCUUUAUUGGAGUUACAUUUAAAUGAAAAAAAAAAAGAUAGUUCAAAAAAUAAAAACACAAAAAAAAAAAAAGAUUUUGAUGAAGAUUUUGAUGAAGAUAAUGAAGAAGAAGAAGAAGAUGAACAUGAUAUGAACGAAAAAGAUCAUGAUAAUAACAAUGAAGAGGAGGAAGAAUAUGAUGAAGACAAUGAUGACGAAGAUACAAAUAAGAAAAAAAAUAAGAAAAAAAGUAAUAAUGAAUCUAAAAAUAGGAAUUCAAGUGAUGCUAAAAGUGAUGAACAUAAAGAAAAUCCGGAAAAUAAUACAAAAAAAGAAAAAAAUUUCGAAAAAAAUGAAAUAGAUAUUCCUGAAAAUAAUUCAAUAAAUGAAAAAAGUAAAAUACUAAUGGAAGCUAACAGUGAAAAUGACUCAAGUGAGAAUGAUAAUAAUAAUUUUGGUAAUGAUAUAAAUGACAAAAAUUCAAAAGAAGGCAUUGAUCCUUUACUCAAUGUUAGGAACAAUAUUGAUCAAAAGGAAAAAGAAAUAUCACAACAUGAUUUUCAUAGGAGAAAAAAAAAUAAAAAAAAUGAAGAAUCAAUAAAGGUGGAAACACGUAUAUGUGCUAAUUUAAAUGAAAGGCCAAAUCCAUCUAUCUUAUUAGAAGGAGCAUUAUUAGCUGAAAAUGAAGCUGAGUUGCAAAAAAUUAAAGAAAAAUAUAAUGUUACAGAAAAUGAAAUAUGUAUUAGACCAGCAAACGAACCAUAUGUUUCUCUUAUACCUGAUAAAAAAUUUUAUGUAAUUGGUGAAAAGAUUGAAUUAAAGUGCCAAAAUGGAUAUAAGCUUAUUGGUACAACAAAUAUCGCCGUAUGUAUAGGUAGAAAUAAAAUAAUACCUAAUAUAACUUGUGAAUCCUUAAAAAAUUUUGACGAUACUGAAAAAGAAAAUAUACAAAAAAUUAAUAAUAUAAUUAGUUCAGAUACAAAUUAUGCGUUUACAAAAUUAACAGGUUUUAUUAUUUUAAUUUUAAAUAUUUUAUAUUAUUUAUAA